UUAUUUACAACCCCCAGGAAUGACCUUGAGUCAGGCAUGGGCUCGUAGCCUCCCGUCACAACAAAACACGUCUGGGACUUUGUAGAUCAACUCAAUGCUGAAGUUUAAGCCGUGCAGUCACCAGGAGGAUAAACCCUUCAUGCAAACUACACGUACCAUCAAGAAGAAGAAGAAGAAGAGUCUAAGGGAAGAUGGACAAGCACAGACAACAACAGGGAGGGCUUUUUACGUGUUGGGGCCAGAGUAACGUCAAGGGAGCUACGGAAGAGGUCACAGACGCAGACACUGGAAAUGUUUCUGUUAAUUUUGAUUUUGGUAUAUUGGAUGAUGAUGAGGAUGAUGUCCUUGCCCAAGCUUAUGAUAACAGCAUGGGAAUGGACACUUCGCAUGCAGAAAAACUACAGGAUGUGUUGCCAACAGGACAAGCAGUAAGAAAUGGUACAGGAUCACAAUCCCAUCCACUAAUACCUCAAGCCACACCAUUAGAAACCUUACCUGGCUUUGAUGCCGAUGCUGGGAAAACAUGGAUCUACCCAAUUAACUAUCCUAUAAGAGAUUACCAGUUUUGCAUUGUUGAAAAAGUGUUAUAUAAAAAUACACUUGUUUCACUUCCAACAGGCUUAGGGAAAACAUUUAUAGCUGCAGUUGUGAUGUAUAAUUUUUAUCGCUGGUAUCCAAGAAGUAAAAUAGUGUUCAUGGCACCCACAAAACCCCUUGUGGCCCAGCAAGUUGAGGCAUGCUUCAAUGUUAUGGGAAUCCCUCAAGAAGAUACUUCACAAAUGACAGGUUCAAUGACUCCAGAAAACAGGAUUAAAGCUUGGACAGAGAAAAGAAUGUUCUUUCUCACACCCCAGGUUUUAACAAAUGAUCUGGCUCGGGGGGCUCUUCCAGGAGCACAAAUUAAGUGUUUGGUCCUAGAUGAGGCUCAUCGUGCACUUGGAAAUCAUGCAUACUGUCAGGUGGUGCGUGGCCUUAGAGAAUAUCGUCACGAUUUUCGUAUUUUGGCUCUAUCUGCUACUCCAGGAUCAGAUGUUAGAGCUGUUCAACAGGUACUAACAAAUUUGAUGAUAUCACAUAUAGAACUUCGAAGUGAGGAGAGUCCAGAUAUACAGGAAUACGUCCACAAGCGCAGUAUUGACAAGGUGGUUGUACCCUUGGGAGUGGAGCUGACAAGCCUGAAAAUAAGAUAUCUUAACGUUCUGCGAGUGUACGUCAGUAAGCUACUGGAUAUGAGGGUGUUGUAUACAAAAGAUGAAACAACAUUAACAAAGUAUCAGAUUUUACAGGCUCGGGAAGCUUUUCGGCAGAAUCCCCCAGACAACCUUCCAAGACAAAGAUACGGUGUUGUGGAAGGAUUAUUUGCCCUCUGUAUGACUCUCUACCACUCAUAUGAACUAAUGUUGCAGCAUGGCACAAGGUCAUUUUAUAAAUUUUUGAAAGGUACUCUAGAAGGUGAUAAAGGCCACAGUUUUGCACGAUCUGAACUCCUUCGCAACAAAGUCUUUCAGGAGCUUAUGGAAGAAAUAGCACACAAGUUUGACUCCGAGUCAAUUCUACCCAAGUCUUCAGAAAAGACUUCUUCAAGAGGGUCAUCUCAGGUUGGUGGUGCAGAGUGUUCAAAGGUAAACCCAGAGGUGCCAUAUGUGGCGAGUCACCCCAAACUGGUUAAGCUGCUGACCAUUGUGCUUGGUCAUCACAAGAAAUAUGCCAAUGAAGGAAAGUCAACCAGAAUCAUGAUAUUUUCUCAGUACAGAGACAGUGUCAUGGAAAUCACUGAAAUGCUGCAACGACAUUAUCCUCUUGUUAAGGCCAUGAGCUUUGUUGGACAGUCCACGGUGGCUCGAGGUGGUCGUGGAUUCUCACAGAAGGAACAACUUAAGGUGGUGAAAGAGUUCAGAGAGGGGGGCUUUAACACGCUCAUUGCCACUUGUGUUGGAGAAGAAGGUCUGGAUAUUGGUGAAGUAGAUUUAAUUAUAUGUUAUGAUGCACCAAAAUCUCCCAUACGAUUGGUGCAGAGAAUGGGACGCACUGGGCGGAAGCGUGAUGGUCGCAUUGUGGUGCUAGUAACUGCUGGCAAAGAGGAGCAGAUGUACAAUCAGAGCCAAUACCAGAAAAAAAGCAUUAAUGCUGUCCUUGCCGACAAGAACAGGUUAAACCGAUUUCUCAGCCCACAUAGCUCUAACAUGAUUCCUAGAGGAAUAACGCCAGUCUGCAUGAAGCUGCACAUGAAAGUGGGAACAUGGAAGAUCCAGACAGGCAGAGGUCGUAAAUCAUCAGUUGGUCCCACCACCUCCAUAGCUUCAAUGCUGGGAAAUUCUGGCCCAUCUCCUACAAAUAAGAGGAAGGAUUGUGUAAAUAAUAGUGGACUGUCAAAAGAGGAAUUCAGUUGGUGGAGGGAGAAUCUUGAGGUUCCACUGGAUGAAAUCAAAUCCAUACCAAGACCAUCAUUACUCUGCCGUAGCAAACAUGAUACAAAAGAGGACUUCAAUAGUAUGCUCUAUAUAAACUUGGGGAUGUAUCAACCAUGGCAUACUAUGGCCCAGAACACCCAUGUAAUGGGCCAUUCCUCCCGUACACUCCAUUUGGUUCAGCUAACUGAGUUUAUUGGCCUCCAGCAGCAUUUUGAUGUUGAUGAUGAUCCUUAUGGCUUAGAGAUGGCAGCAUUUUUAGACAUGGCUUAUAUUGAAGGUAACACUGCACAGAAACCCUCAAUGUUCUCUUCAGUACGAAGUGAUGUACACAGAGACAGUCAACAGAUCUUGCAAGGAAGUGGUGAAAUUAAAAAAGGAAAAGAAAAGAAGAAAGCCAGUGCAUCAACAAGAAAGGGUGCCAAAAAAUCAGUUCAGAGCUGCCUCAUCACCAGCAUGUUUAGUCAGAAGCCUCGAGUUCAUGUUGAGGAGCCAAAAUUGAGUAACUGUCAAGAUUUAGAAGAUUUUGAUGUUGCUAAUAAAGAUACAAAUGAAGACCAAUCUGAAAUGGAAAUAAGUGAAGUCAAAGUAGUUGAUGUAGAAGACAUAGAGCAUGUUGUAAUACCAAGUGUAAGUCCCUGUAAGAAGAACACUGAUGCUUGUGAUCACAUGCUAGAGUUCUUGAACUUGUUGCCACCAAAGCAGCGUUCUCCUCUCCAUAUCCCAGACCCUCCAGAUGCAAGUGACUUUUCUAAUGAUGAUCAAGAAUCUGAGCCUUCUAGCCCAACAGACAUCAUAAAUGUAUACAAUGAAUGGAUUGAAAAGACAAUGGAUGUUGCCAAGAAUGUUUUUAAAUUAAAGAAUGGUGGCAUAGGUGCUUCAGAUGCUGUAGAUGUAUCUAUUAAUCAUUUUCAAAGACUGAAUUGUGUUGAAUCAAAGCUUAUGAGUUUGAAUGAAACAAAUAAUUCUUUAGUAGAGUUGCCUGAUCUUCAAGGACAUCAAGAAAAUAUUUAUAAAAAGUCCUCCACAGCAGAAGUUUCAUUAGAAGUAUCCCCAGUUCUAGGAAAUAAUAUGACCUCAGCAACUAGUCAAAUUAAAAGCGGAAGUCAAAAGUCUGACUGUGGAAGUAGUGAUACAGAACUUGUUACAUCUCGAGAUAUUUUUGGUGAUUCUACAGUGCCAUCAGAUCAAAAUGUCUCACCAGUAUUAAGUUCUAGUUAUAAAAAGCCAGUUAGAACAAAUCUGAAACUUUAUUCCUCAACUCCAAAAGUCACUGCUAAACGCCUUUUCAAAAUAGCAACUCCUGAUUUGACUGGAAUUGAACAGAAUUCUCCAUUUUCUAGAGAAUUAGACACAUCUUGUACUCCAGUAAAAUCCCAUACUGCUGCUAACUUAAGGAGAGAGCAAUUAAUUCAGAGAGAUUCAGAAAAUGCUGAGCUUGAAGCAAGGGGCUUGCCUUCAGGACUCAGUUAUAGGAAUAAAGUGCGUUCAAAAUUAAGCAGAUUUACGAUACCUGAAAACACCAAGUCAGAGGAUGAACCACAGAUUUCAUCUUUACAGAAAUACCAAAAUCCUAUACAUACAAGCAAAGGAAUCGACACUCGUCAAAUUUCUAGUGUGUCUGUUAUGAAAAAUAAGGAAGGUUUGACAAAUAAAGAUGGUAUGACAAAUAAAGAUGUUAUGACAAAUGAAAAUCUUAUGACAAAUAAAGAUCUUAUGACAAAUAAGGCUGUUAUGAUAAAUAAGAAUGAUACAACCAAUAAGGCUGUUAUAACAAAUAUGGAUAUUAUGACAAAUAAGAAUGUUAUGACAAAUAAGGAUGUUAUGACAAAUAAGGAUGUUACGGCAAAUAAGUACGUUGCUACAAAUAAAGCUAUGACAAAUAAGGAUGUUAUGACAGAUAAGUUUGUUGCAACAAAUAAGGAUGUUACAACCCACAAUAGCAGAGAGUGUAGUGUCAAUUUUAAUUUGAGCCUGGAUGAUGAUCUCUUCGUUGACAUAGAAGAAGAAGAAGAUAAAACAAAUAGAAACGAAUCUCCUGAUAUUGAAGUCAUAGAACAAUAUAGAAAACCAUUUGUUAUUCCAACUAGACAAUCACUGUCAAAGACAAACACAGGGUCACUUGCAGGCACAGCUUCAGCCCUUCUGAGUGUAACACAGAUCAUUGAUUUAGUGAAUGAGUCAACUGAUAAUAUAUCUUGUAAAGUUGUUGACAGUGCAGAAACAUCAUCACCCAGUUUUCUAAAAAAUACUGCUAAGUUAACAGGAAAGUUAUCCAAGUCAUUGCUUUCCAAAUCCUAUGGCUAUGACCAGAGUGUUAAAAAUUCAGUAUCCACAGAAACUGUGAAACAAUCAAAUUGCUUGGAAGGACCAAACUUUUCUCUGCUUGAUGGGUUGGUUUCUGAUGAUGAGGAUAAGCCAGAUGGAGUGAAAGAAGAAUCCAGCAAUGAACAAAGUGUCCAUUUUGAUUUGUUAGGGACUGAUGAGUUUGAUGUAGAGUCAGAAUCACUUCUUGCUGAUAUUGAACUGAACAUUCAGAUGAAAGAUGAAGGGAGGAAAACACAAGGGAAGAAAGGGAUAAGUGAUGAGGGAAGUUGUAUAGAUAAAGAAAAUAAAGAUAAAUAUAUUUUAAAAAACAAUAUGCAUAGUACAAAGUAUCAAGCAAGGCAAAAUUUAACAGGUAACACAUCUCCCGAGAUAUUAAAAUUUAUUGAUACAGUUCUUUCGCCUACACAAGAGAACUCACACGUUUGGAAGAGGAAGAGAAAACGACAUAAUGUAGUGGGAUCUGACACUGAAGAUUAUGUCACACUUAGUAGCGACUCUGAAAAUGACACACACGGAAGGUCUGGCUCCUUACUCACUGAUAAAAGUAGUUCCUCGGGGAAUAAUAUCGGGAUCAACAGGAAAAAGAAAAAGAUGUUUGGGGUUAAAAAGAACUUUGAAGAUGAUGAUGAUUUUGAUGAAGAUUCGACAGCAGCCUUUCAAAUGAUGCAACAGAAAUCAGAGAGCUCAAGAAAGCAGCCACAUAAAGAUAUAAAGAAAAAGAAUUUGUUUAUUGAAGAUGAAGCAGAAGUUUCAGAAAAUGAUGACUGUGUUUCUAGUGAUGAACAGGAAGAAGAUGAAGGGAAUUAUGACCACAGCUUUGUGGACGACUGCACACAGCUAACACAGGAUACUUCUAUAGAUAUGAAAGCAGUGUAUUUGCAGUCUGUUGUUAGUCCACUCAAGAUGGCUCAGAAGAAUCGUCGCCAUAACGAACACCAGCUGUCUGACACAGAUGAAAGUACUCAGGAAAUGGAGGAAGAGGAAGAUGAAGACAGCUUUGUUGUAGACAACAAUUUUGUGGAGUAUGACACUGAAUACAUGGGUGACACUAUGCUAGCUGAAGACCCUAUCAUAGCACAGGCUCUUGAUGAUGAAGUAGUAUCUAAGAAAAGCAAGGAUGCCGAGAAUGGAAGUAAAACCAAGAGAAAAAGGAUAAUUAACUGUGAGUCAUCAAGUGAUGAAGAAAGUGGAAAUCACAACAGCAAGGAUAAAAGUGAUCUUUCUUUACUCAGACAAGUGAGUGAUGAUUGUAGUAGCUCCUUGCCUAAAUCAUCUUGCACUAGCAUCCAAGAUCGAGGUUUUGUCAUGCAAAGGGAUGCUACAAAAAAUAAAACUCCAAGCACCGUCAUCUUAAGCCUAACACCAUCAGAUAAAUUGCAAAUUAUACAGCAUAGUGAAUCGGGAAGAUUGCACUCAAGUCCAAAGCGAUCAAUAAUAACAUCAAAGUUGUCAGAAAAUGACCAGUCAACAGGUGGUAGUAACCAAGUUCGAAGUUUAUCUCGAUGCUACAGUGCUGAUCCUCAAUGCAAAACACAACUUCUCUCUCCAGAACGUGCCAUUGCCAGAAUAGCACCUUUGCAAAAUAAAUUGUUUUGUAAUAGUGGUUCAGAAGGUUUCUGUAUGCCAUCUGAGGAACUUAAAAAGGAUGAUAAAGAAACACGUGUAGCUCGAGUAUUACCAUCAAAAUCGAACAGCUUAUUAGCAUCCAGCAUGAGGACUGAGCCUGUAUCCUCCAUACCGGAUCCAGUGACUGGGUUAAAAGUGCCUGGUUCCAAUGUUAAAAUGCCGCUGCAAAACAAGCACAUGGAAAAUCAGUGUAGUACAAAUCUAUCAGAGAGUAAACCAGGUACAUCCACAUUUACCAACACCAGACAAGUGGCAGCAGUGGUGUUAGUGGACUCAUGUGAGAUAAGUGGUGGAGGAAAUAUUGUGUCUAAGAUGAGACUUCAGUAUGGAGCCAGCACUGCAGUUGUCCAGCUGGCACAUGCACAUUACGCUGUUUCAACACGGAUGGCUGUAACUCGGUUGCUGCACUCUGUAUUCAGCAGCAGCCAGCAAAGAGGAAAGUUGGUACAGAGAGUUCAAGGAAUGCUGGACUUGUAUGAACGACCCGUGAUCAUUGUGGAGAUGGAUCGUGUGAAAGCUGGAGAAUCGUCCCACCAUGGACAGAGUCGUUCUAAAUAUCUGGACACAAUCACAUGUGCUAGUGCACAGGUCACACAGCUCAAGGUCCUCUACUCAAGUGGUCAAGAGGAGACAACCUCAAUGUUGUUGCAACUGGUAGAGCAAGAAAGUUCCAAGGGCUACAGCAUUCCUGUUAUGCCAGAACAUUUGACCCAACUGAAACAGGUUGUGAAUUUCUACCUGUCACUGCCACGCAUGAGUUACGCAACAGCUUUGUGUUUGGCUAAGAAUUUUAGAACUAUUGCAGACUUCAUAAAUAGCUCUGCAGAGAUGAUAAGAAACAAGGGUCGUAUGUCCAUCCAGCGAGCAACAGCCAUCAAACAGUACCUCCAGAGAGACUUUAGGCCAGAUAUGCUACCUCCUCACUAAUUUUCACACCUUCAUUUAUCAUUGUAAUAUAAAUGAAAUUCAAAUUAUCAUUGCUAUAUUAUAAAAUAACUUUGAAGUCUUGAUAUCAAAUGUUAUAUACAGGUACAUGUAUAUACUGGUAUGCAUAAUUUUUUGUAUUAUAUUGCAUUUGAUAUCCGGUAAAAAACAUUCAUGGAUUUCCUUAUUUAUAACUUAAAUCUUAAUUCCUCUGCUGAUUUAACCUUGGCUUCAGGGUUAACCUUAACACUUUAUGCUAAUAUAUCUAAAAUGUUUCUAAUGGCCUAAAAUUUUCACUACAUUGUUGGCAAGCAUUUUGAGACAGCUACUAGGGGAUGGGGGGAUAUUUUAAUAUUUAUCCUGCUGGUAGUUGUUAUGCCAUCCAUCAUUCACAUAUUGAGCCUCAUCUUGCCAUCAUUAUCAUUCUCUUCUCAGCUCUUAACGCAUGUUGCUUUAUUGUUAUGAUUAUUCAGAUUGAAUUAUGUCUAUACCUGUUGCACUCUCUUAGAAAUUUUGUGACUUUUAUAACACGUGUUCAAUUCUGAGUGAUACAAAUUGGUAGGGAUAUACAUCUGAUACUGGUAACUAGUCAUUGUUGUUGUUAGUGAUGAUGAUUGUGAUGUAGACAGUGACCUAAGUUACCUUCUAAUUAGUCACUAUGAAAGAUUUAUUUUGAGAGAAGAAAUGAUAAUCUACUACUUCACACUGGGUCUUCAGUCUUUUCAUAAUAUUCUCACUGCAUGAUUAGUGGUCUUUAAUCUCACAACAAAGCAUUAUUGUUUUGCUUACCUUUAUAUUUUAUAUAUAUAUAUAUAUAUAUAUAUAUAUAUAUAUAUAUAUAUAUAUA